AUGGAGCAUUGCUGUUUGUGCAAUAAGUGGGAGCAUGCCGAGUGUGCGGGACUGUUCGACGGGAACAAAGACCCCGAUACAAAAUACGUGUGCUCCAAGUGCAAGGACAAGCAGGAAUCCACGGCCGCCAAGUUCCGUGAAGAUCGAGGAUCCGCCAGCUUAAAACCUUCCACGCGGUCGAGGAAGGGGUCAACGGCAUCGACUAGGAGGAACGAACGGGGUACGGUUAAAAGUAUCACCUCUACCUGCCUCUCAACGGAUGUUAGAGAGCAGUUAAAGCUGAUAGAAGAAGAAAGAAGCUUUAAAGAACGGGAGAUACAGGAGCAGAGAGAGAUGCUGCGUCGCAAGAACGAAGAGUCGGCCCGACAGUUGGAGGAAAAAAGAAAGCUCGCCGAAGAGGAGAACCUUCGUCGUGAGAUAGAGAUGAAGGCAGAGGCGGAACUCAUCGCUCGAGAACAAAACGCUCGCCGAGAGUCACUGGAGAAGAAGCGAGAACUGAUGCGCCAACUCUCUCUACCAAGCCGUUUAGGCACCGAGGACAGCUACAGUGAAAAGGUAGUAUGCUGGCUUAGUACGAACAAAGGAAUGAGUGAACAAAGGCCAAAUUCGCACGAGGAUGCCCUCUCCCGCUCCAGCUCAGCCUUUGAAAGGAUGCCACGCGUCGCAUCAAGCCCUGUGACAGAAAUAAAGGGCAAAAUGCAGUAUGAAGGCAAGAACGGAGAAACUGGGGAGCUUACCGGGAAGCAGAUCGCAACACGCCAUGUGAUCGGGAAGGAUAUUCCCUCUUUCUGCGGUGAUCCCGAAGACUGGCCACUGUUUUACAGUUCCUUCAUGGAAUCAACGGAGACAUGCGGAUUCAGUAGCGCGGAAAACCUCAUCAGACUGAAAAGGUGCCUAAAAGGGAAUGCGCUAGAGCUAGUUAAAGAGCAACUAACGCUGAAAGAAAACGUGCAAGAUGUGAUAAAAACCCUAAAAAUGGUGUAUGGGAAACCAAGUUUGCUGAUUCGCUCCCUAAUGAACAAAAUCCGGGAUUUACCUCCACCAAAGCCGGACAAAAUGCGAACUAUGAUAGAGUUUGGGCUAACCGUGAAAGCCCUAACAAACCACAUGAGAGCCGCAGGACUAGUUGAGCAUUUAAAAAAUCCAUCCCUACUCGAAGAGUUGGAAGAUAAGCUACCGGGAGAGAUGAAGCUGAACUGGGCCGCAUUCCAAGAAGAAAAAUCAGUGCAAGGGCUUGAAGGGUUCAGCCUAUUUGCCUCGCGCAUGGCCGAACGUGCGUGCUUAGUGACUAACGACCUUAAGGAAAUUAGUAGAAUAGGAGAAAAGAGAAGGAAAAAUACGGCCGCAUUAAAUGCACACGACGCUCCGCCUAAUUCUCAGCCAAACAAGCCACCACCACAGACCCAAAUGCCAGUAAGAAAAACCUGUGCGGUGUGCCAGCGAGAAGGACAUCGAGUUUACGAAUGCGAGCAGUUCAAAGCGGCAACAGUGGACGAACGCUGGAACUUUGUCAAGUCGAAGUACCUCUGUAGGACGUGCCUGAAUAACCAUGGCAACUGGCCCUGCAAAUCCUGGCGAGGCUGCGCGGUGGACGGGUGUCGCUUAAAACACCACACGCUCCUCCAUCCCGCAGUAGCAGUUAGAGAAGCCGUAAGUCCCUGUGCAACGCACAUUGAUGAGAUAAACUUGGUAAACCCUAUGUUCCGAAUACUCCCUGUUACUCUGUACCAUGGCAACCUCUCUAAAACCAUUUAUGCUUUCUUUGAUGAAGGAUCGUCCUACUCCCUAAUCGACGAAUCCAUAGCCAAAGAGUUGAAGGUGCACGGACAGAAGGCACCACUUACGCUACAAUGGACAGGACAUGUAACGAGGACGGAGUCUAAUUCCGAGAUAAUAGGAUUGCAAAUUUCUGGACAAGGCCGAAACAAACAAUAUAAAUUGGAAAACGUCAGGACCGUCAGCCAACUCAUGCUCACACCGCAAACACUCGAAUAUGAAACUCUGAAGGAACAAUUCCCUCACCUAAGAGGUCUACCCAUACAAAACUAUGAACAAGCGCAGCCACAACUACUCAUUGGUCUGGACAAUCUCCGACUGGGAGUGCCUCUAAAGCUGCGAGAAGGACGAACGGCGGAGCCGAUUGCAGCUAAAUGUCGGCUAGGUUGGUCAAUCUACGGAGGAUGGGCUACAAACACAACGCAAUCAGCAAGGGUAAACUUUCAUACUACACCUUGUACGGACUGCGAUCAGGCGAUGAACGAGCAGCUAAAGAAGUACUUCACGAUGGAGGACCACGACGCCAGCAUUUAUUCCGGACUCCUGGACUCGGAAGAUGAGAAACGUGCCCGUCGGUUACUGGUAGAAACAACUAGACGUGAUGAGACAGGAAACCGCUUUGAAACGGGUCUUCUGUGGAACACGGAUUACCCCAGCUUUCCCGACAGCUACCCCAUGGCAGUAAGAAGAAUGGAGUCGCUAGAAAGGAAAUUCGAGAAAGCACCGGCACUGGAGGCAAAGGUACGAAAAACUAUAGCCGAAUACGAAACAAAAGGUUAUGCGCAUGUGGCGAGUCUCGACGAACUAUCAUCGGUUGAAAUCGAGAAAGCCUUCUACUUGCCUCUGGGAGUGGUCCAAAAUCCAAAAAAACCAGACAAGAUUAGACUGAUUUGGGACGCGGCUGCGAAGGUGAAUGGCGUCUCGUUCAACUCGAGAAUGCUGAAAGGACCCGACCUCUUGACACCGCUCACCCAAGUAUUGGGUCGAUUCAGACAGUAUCCUGUGGCCGUGUCAGGGGACAUUAUGGAGAUGUUCCAUCAAAUCAGGAUCCGGCAUCCUGAUCGCCAAUCGCAACGAUUCGUCUACCGAAAGAAACCCUCCGACCCAGUGCAAGUAUACGUGAUGGACGUGGCGACUUUCGGGUCUACAUGCUCACCCGUAUCGGCACAAUACGUAAAGAAUCUGAACGCCCAGGAGCAGGAGAAGGAGUUUCCGGACGCCACUAAUGCUAUCCUUCACAACCAUUACGUAGACGACUAUCUUCAAAGCUUCAAGACAGUGGAGGAAGCGCUGAGAAUCGUGAAGGAAGUAAAACUGGUGCACUCUAAAGGAGGCUUUACGCUCCGGCGAUUCCUUUCCAACUCGUCAGCUGUACUACAAGUUAUCGGAGACCCAUUGGAAGAAUCAACUAAAGACCUUAUGCUGGAACAAGGGAAAAACACCGAGUCGGUGUUAGGAAUGAAAUGGAAGAUAGAUGAAGACGUCUUCACAUUCUCCUUCUCCUCGAGUGAGAGCAUCCAGCAUAUUCUUCAAGCCAAGCAUAUCCCUACGAAAAGAGAGGUGCUGAAGGUCGUGAUGAGUCUGUUUGAUCCCAUGGGCCUCGUGUCCUUCUUUCUAGUCCAUGGAAAGAUACUUAUUCAGGACAUCUGGACAAAAGGAACAGACUGGGACGAGCAAAUAACCACUGAUCUAUGCCAACGAUGGUGGGAGUGGACCAACCUUUUCCCAGAUCUAGGGAAAAUACAAAUAUCGAGAAGCUACUUCGGGACCGGGUAUCGAGAGGAUGCCGAGCUACAACUGCACGUAUUCGUGGACGCAAGCGAAGCAGCGUACUGUGCGGUAGCCUACUUCCGGAUAGAAAACAGCGGAAAAUUCCAAGUUGGACUUGUAGGCGGAAAGACAAAGGUAGCCCCACUCAAGACAGUCUCGAUACCUAAACUCGAACUGAAAGCCGCAGUCCUAGGAUGUCGGUUACUUGCGAGGAUAAAGGAGCAACAUACCCUCACGAUACACCGACAGUGCCUGUGGAGUGACGCCGGUGUCUGCCUAGCCUGGAUAAAAUCGGCAAAUCCCCGACGUUAUCAGCAGUUCGUUUCGGUACGAGUUGGAGAAAUAUUAACCACAACGAACCCUCAAGAAUGGAGGUGGGUGCCUUCAAAGCAAAACGUGGCGGAUCUGGCGACGAAGUGGAACAACGGCCCCGAUCUGAGUAUGGAGAACCCCUGGUUCGUAGGACCACAAUUCCUGCACGAACCAGAGGAUAGUUGGCCAGAGAAACGGUCAGUUUCCGACACCAACGAGGAAGUAAGAGCGAUACACCUGCAUGCCCGACCAACAAAAACACAACCGAUGGACUUCUCGCGGUUCAGCUGCUGGGGAAAACUACUUAGAGUCACAGCGUACAUCAUCCGCUACAUGGACAACCUGGGACGCAAAGGUGAUAACAAACCACUAGAGCUCGGUUUGCUCCAACAAGCUGAACUUAGGAAAGCAGAAUUGGCAUUAUGGAAGAAUGCCCAGAAGGAUGCGUUCCCCGACGAGAUAGCUGAGCUGAGUACAACGAAGGGCAAUCCCGAGGGAAGACACAAUGUUGUCCCUAAAUCCAGUCCCAUCUACAAGAAGUGGCCUUUCCUGGACGAUGAUGGAGUUUUAAGGACGAGAGGACGAGUCGGAGCAUCUAUCCAUUCAAAUUUUGACGCUAGAUUGGUACCACUUAAAAUACCGGCAUGCCAACAGGGAGACAAUAGUGAACGAAAUUCGCCAACACCUGGAUAUCCCCAAUCUCCGAGCGCUUACAAAGAAGGUUGCCGAUGCCUGCGCGUAUUGCAAGGUGAUGAGGGCUUCCCCAAAACCGCCGCCGAUGGCACCACUCCCCAAAAUGCGCCUAGCCGCGUUCACUAG